AUGAAUAAUCUAUUGCUACCGAGGCAUGUGCUGAAACCUUCUAAAUCACUACUGUUAGGUUCCUCCUCCCCAAUUAGUCGACAAAGGAGAAAUGUGGGAACUUUUCAAGGCGUGGCAGAUGUAUUUCUCCGCGCACAUGAAAUCAGCGGCAUUCCUUGGCUCAUACUAGUUCCUUUGUCAACUUUAAUGCUCAGAUCUGUUUUCACACUGCCUCUAAGUAUAUGGCAACGGAAACGGAUCGUAAAACAGCAAGGACUGCGGAAAAUAAUUCAGGCUAUACCUCCAGUCAUAAAGCUCCGACUAGCAGCUGCCACCCAUGGUGUUGCUCGGGAAGCCCCAACAGCUGGAAGCUUGCCAACUAGUUCAGGUAGUGCAAUAAGCCAAGACGAGAUAGGAAAAAUUCCAGUGACCAGAAAACCACAGGUGUUGACGCCUGAUCAGAUUACUUUAUUGGCGCUGAAAGAGACUAGGAACCGUCAAAAAAAGCUGUUUGCAAAAUACAAUGUUGCGAUGUGGAAAAACGCAAUUCUGCCUUUGGUUCAGAUUCCUUUGUGGGUAUCCGUAUCAAUGGGUUUGCGUAAACUUACCGAAAAUAGACUCGUGGAUUCAGCUUUGUCACCUAUCGCAAAUACCGACAGUCUACAACUCGCAAAUCUGUUGAGUGGUUUCUCAACCUUGGAUCUGAGUCUUCCAUUAGACAGCUUGCCUAUGCUAGCACCGCUUGCACUUGGCAUCCUUUCUCUGAUAAAUGUCGAGCAUAACGCUAAAAUGAUGGCAAUGACUACCAUAUCUACUGUUGGUGUGGAAACUGCUAAGCCCAACUCCAAGAUUUCUCAAAGCCUUGCAAGCAUACUAAAUAUCUCGAGAUUGAGCUGCAUCUUUCUGAUGGGAAUAUCUACUCAGGCUCCAAUACUGUUAUCCCUGUAUUGGAUAAGUUCUCAGCUCUAUUCACUAAUACAGAACCUAUUUUUGGACUGGUUAUGGCCAUAUCAAAGAUAG